AUGGCCAAGAUUCGCGAUGGUUCAGGUCUUGUGGACCACAACAUAUUUCGUCAGGUUGUUGGGUUCGUGCAUGAUCGAGUGCGAGUGGGCAGCACACCACGGCACAUAGCCAACACGAUUUGGAGAUGCGCCCGGUUGGCCCACAAGUCGACGCCUUUGAUUGAGGAUGCCGGCCGAGUUGUCAUCGCGCGACUGGGCGAGCUCAAGCCACAAGAGCUGGCCAGCACCGUGUGGGGGCAGGUCCGCUGCGUUUUUCACAAUUGCUGUCACGAUCUUUUUUUCUGA